AUGCGUACUCUACUCCAACAUCUUUUUCAAAUGAGCUCGCUCUACUUCUGUGGGACCGUUUAUUCCGUGUCCUUUCUUCUAUGCCUGGAAACGGCUUUCAUGAGCGGGGAGAUCUCGCCGGAAAGGAAUUAUUUCUCCAAAUCUUCGCAUUUUUUCGCGAACGCUCUUCGACUGGUCAAGACCGGGCCGUCCCGAGGAAGACAACUACAACCUCGUCAAGUAAAAAAUCAUGAUCUUCAAAGUCAAGCCACCGCGAAAAGAGCAAAUGAAGUCGAAACCGUGAGGAAAAGCCCGCGGCUGAGCGAUUGGAUUUCUGGGAAGAAAGCGUAUCCUGUGCAAGAAGAGCAUUGUGUAUGAUGAAGACGAUGAUCAAUUGGAAUUGCAUAUGCAUUUUACGACCUUGCUUAGCACGAUCAUGAAUUACAGAUGAAAUUCAAAUUAUUUGGAUUUUUGCUGGUAGUCGUAAUUCAUUAAGUACCUACCUGAGUAGAUCAUGAGAGAGACCGAUCAGAUCUAUGAUUUCGAUUUGUCAUGUUGCAUGCAGCUUUUCGUUUUCCCUGGAGAAGAGUAUGGAAAUAAUCGAAUUACUACGAGCGCAAUACAGUUUUUGCACAGGAUAUUAGUAGAGCGUCCCGCGGCGGCCGCGACGUUCACGUGGCGACCCCGUCAGGAGCGUCAUCUCUGGUCCAGAAAAACAUGUAUGUCUACGUACCUUACGGGGAUGAUCAUUUGGAAGGUUGCCUACACGGUGACUGUAUGAAUUGCAAAAGUGUCUGGAUCUGGAAGGUUGCAACUUGUCGUCGUAAAUCUGAAGCAUGCAAAAAUCUGUGUUGCAUCCGUGCCAAAAGCUGUCCACUUCUGACCAAGGUGGAAGGUGGGAGUUUCUCAUGCAGGAUAGGCAUUGCAGAGACCACCUCGCAGAGUCUGUCAUACUAAGUCCCGCAUUCCAGACCUCGUGGCUCAUGGAAAAUCUGCAUGACAAGUCUAAUUACACUUUAUUUCCAGACCCAGACAUUUUUGCACUUGAUGGACUGGCAGCCGUCAACCCGGGAGGUGGCAGCGAAGUGCGCAAGCCAAGGCCCCGAAUACGAAGAGACGCAAACAUACUACGUACACUGCUUUCGAGGCAAUCGAUGCGUGGGCGGCAUCGAUUGCCUAAGGGUUAGGGGGAGAGAAAGGCUGUUCACAUGUCCGCAAAAUUGCGAGGGGAAGUGGGAAAGAACCGAAUCGCAUUUACCUUCUGUGGAGCAGUGCGUAAACGAUGGAAGGAGGAUAUCCAAAAAAAAAAUGUUAACAUUAACAUUUUCACUAGUCAACUUUUUCGCAUAUUUUCGUGUGAUUUUUUUUUUAGUUUUUCAUGCCAAGUAG